AUGCCAUUCCCCUACGCCUUGAAAGCUCUCUCAAGCGUCAUCCACGAACGAUGGGACUCUGCCGACUUCAAACCCUACCGUGAUGCUUUCCCUGCCGAGGCACAAGCAUCUCCCGAAGCCUUUGAGGCUCACGUCAAGGACUUGACAGCACGCGACGUCAAGAUCGCCUAUCUCAAGAACCUGCAGGGCUAUCUAUGGCAGGCCGGUUACGAGAACGGCGCCUACUCCACUCCUUUGUUCGACGAUGUCGCUCCUCAGCUCAAGCACUGGCGUGACUCAUCGAAGCAGCUAGUCAUCUACUCCUCAGGCAGCAUCUUUGCGCAAAAGCUCCUCUUCGGACAUGUCCAAGACCCGCUCGGCGGAGCGGAUGAGAAACGCACGCAAAACUUCCAGGGGUUGAUCGACGGUUGGUUUGACACGACCAAUGCCGGCCUGAAGCAUGAUGCUAGCAGCUACACCAAGAUCGCCGAGGAGUUGGGCAAAUCUGCCGACAGCAUCCUCUUCCUGAGCGAUAAUGUCAAGGAGGUUCAAGCUGCCAUUGAGGCUGGCAUGCAGUCUGUGGUCGUCGACAGACCUGGUAAUGCCCCUCUGAGUGAAGAAGACAAGGCCAAGUACCAGUCUCUCACCCGCACAGAUUGA